AUGUCGAACAGUCUCGCUGCUUCACCCCUUCUCGCCCCGCACUUAUUUGAAAAGGUGCUCCAGCACCAAGACGCCGUAGCUGUCACCUCGUAUCCUGAACAAACGCUCAAUGCCUUCGAGUGGACGUACGCAUCGCUGUUACGUCGGGCCUUUACGCUGCGUCACGAGCUCUUGAGCCAAUCGAAGAAGACCGACCCCAAAACGCCGUUUCAUGUCGCAUUCCUUGGAGCUCGUGGCCCGUCCUACUUGAUUAUCCAAUGGGCUAUUUGGCUCGCAGGGGACACUGCAGUGCCGUUGCAUUCCGCCCAUCCAGCCGUAGAGAUGGACUAUACAAUUUCUGAUGCAAAUGCCGAGAUUUUAGUCGUGAACGAGUCAUUUUUAAAAGUGGGCACAAGACUACACGAUUAUUUGACGGACCUCCCAACAAGAAUAAAAAUACAAGUGGUGAUACGUCCAGACGAUGUCAGAUGUUGUGAUGAUGAAGACAUAAAGGAGCUGUCGAGCGAAGAGACGCAACAAGUGGAGCACUGGCUCAAGACCACGGAUUUUAGUACCAGUGGAGCCUACAUGGUGUACACAAGUGGCACUACUGGACGCCCGAAAGGUGUGGUGACUACUCAUCGUGCACUUACUGCCCAGAUCAGUGAUAUCGUAACGGCCUGGAACAUGUCGAGCAACGACCAUUUGAUCCACUUUCUACCUCUGCACCAUGUACACGGCAUUCUCAAUAAUUUGUUGUGUGUUAUGUACGCUGGUGGAUCUGUGGAGUUCUUGCCAUCUGCAAAUGCGUCACUCAUUUGGUCUAAAUUUUCUAAGACGGCAACGACGAAGCGACCUUGUUCGAUGCUCAUGGCGGUACCAACAGUAUACAUGAAGCUGCUUGAAGAAAUGGAAAGUCGGAACGUGAACGAUCCAGAGACGCAGGAUGCACUAGCAGGUGCUCGAGCAUUACGCGUUGCUAUAAGCGGAUCAAUGGCUUGUCCUCUGUCGAUUUUGAACCGCUGGGAAAAGUUGACAGGGCUGCGUCUUCUAGAACGCUACGGGAUGACCGAACUGGGCAUGGUGCUGACGAACCCGUUGCAUGGAGACCGUCACAUGGGCCACGUUGGCAACGCUUUUCCGAGUGUAUCCGUACGCGUAGUGGAUCCUGACACGGAGGUUGAGUUACCUUUAAACGAGGAGAAGGAAGGCGAGCUCCGUGUUAAAGGACCGUCAGUCUUUCACGAGUACUGGGGAAAACCUGAGGCGACUGCUAAGGAGUUUGAUGCUGACGGGUGGUUUAAGACCGGUGAUUUCGUCCAGUACAGCAACACGUACAAAAGCUUUCGAAUUCGCGGGCGUGCGAGCGCCGAUAUUCUCAAAUCCGCGGGCUACAAGGUAUCAGCUUUGGACAUCGAGCGCGUGCUGUUAACGCAUCCACAGGUACUCGAGUGUGCGGUUUUUGGCCUGCCAGACGAGACAUGGGGGCAGAUUGUGGCGGCCAUCAUACGCUCGGAAGUUCAAGGUGAACACAUUGGUCCUGACGCAUUGUUUCCGCCUCUCGUGGAGUUUAUGAAAGAAAGCCUCGCAAGCUACCGCGUGCCGCGCAAGUGCUUUUUCGUCGAUGAGAUUCCUAAGAAUGCAAUGGGAAAGGUGAAUAAAAAAGCGCUCUCUACGAUCUACUCGGAGAAGUCUUAG